AUGGAAGCAGAUUUUGAGUGGAGUGAUCAAUUAAUCUUUUCCGAAAAGCUUGAUCGGGAUGAAUAUUGGUACCUAUUAUUUAGAACCUUGUUUUGUUUUCCACUAUUUCAUAGAUAUCUGAUUUGGUAUCAGGAGGAAGAUGAGGCCGAGUAUUAUAAUGAUGGAAAGAAGAGGCAGAAGAAAAUUACUUCACCACCCAAAAAGAAACGAAAGAAUGAUGACAAUGAUGAUAAUGAUUUGAGUAGUUGUAGUUGUAGUAGUAGUAGUGAGAAUGAUUCAGAAGAGGAAGAGGAAAUUAUUACAGAAUUUAGUUUGGAGACAUUUACAGAGUUUCGAAUUCCCAAUCCGUUUAGACCAAAUGUGGAAGUUGCCUUUAAAAGGGAUGGAGAAGAAUUUGAUUUUGAAAUGAAAUAUAGUUUGGCAAAGAUGGCUGCCAUUCUUACAAUUCUCGGUUCUGAACAGUAUUCACCAAAUGUGUGGACAGAUCGUGUCAUUGUUUCCCUAGUCAACUCGAAAGAAAAGAUUUUACAAAGGACUGAAAUGACAAUUGCUGCCCUGUGUGUCUGUAUUCGAUUUGAUAAUUUUGAAGAUUUUUACAAAAUUCUAUUCGAUUCUGAAAAGUCAACUAGCUCAAAAAUUGGCAUUUCGUCCAUUUACCAUAAAGAGCAAGCCAAAUGUUUUGUGGAAAAUUUGGAUCAGGUAGCAGUUCGCCAAUAG